GGCGAAUUCAUUUCUGUCAAAAUAUCUUAAAGUCCCAAACGUAAACAAGGUAUAAAAUUGUAGUUUUCUGGAAUGUUGCGAUAAAUAGAAAAAAUCAAUUUAGUAUUCAAAAAUAAAUUAAAAUGGACCAGGAACUACUUCUUACUAACGAUGUCUUCAAUGCAGAUGAUAUAACUGAAUUAGAAGAUUUUCUUAAUGGGUACGAUGGGGAUUUUAUGUCUAAAUUAGAAGAAGAACUAUCAUUGGUGGACAAUAGUCCGAGUUUAGAUUGGUGUCUUGAAAACGCAAAAGUUGAAACAAAACCGCAGCAAAUUCUUCAACCUAAACAUAAUGGGAACCCAUUAGUUUCUCAAUACUCACAAACUAGUAAACCUUCACAUAAUGUUCCACAACCAAAGAGUAGUCCAAUACUGGGUGUAUACAGUAGAGAUGUAGCACCAUUACCUGAUGUGACACAGCAUGGCCAGACGAAAAUCACUGCACAGCAACCAAUGGUUAUUCAACAAGUUGUUCAAAGUCCUGUAUAUGUGAACAUUACUAGAGCAAAUUUACAACAAUUUCCCGAUGGCAGAACAUCAUUUGUUCCUAUCGAUGGAAGUACACAACUGACUCAAGCAAGUAAAACCAAUCAACCUAAUCAACCACUUUUGUUACCGAGCAAUGCAAAGACUGUGACACCAUUUAUUCUGAACACUCAAGAUCCAAGUUACUCACCAGUUAUUUUGAGAUCUAAUAUAAUAAAUCCAGAAACACAAACACUGAUGUACACUAGUGAACCAAUUCAAGCCACCACUCAAAGCAUUCUGACCAAUACAAAUUCUGCUACUGAAAGUAGACCCAUACAUACAUUCUUUGCAAGUAAUAACACUCCUACGGUUUUGACUGGGAUCCCCGUAGUUCUUGAUGGAGAUAAAAUUGCAUUGAACCAGGCAAAUUUAGGUGUACCAAAAGUUAAAGAGGUGAAGAGAAGUGCGCAUAAUGCUAUUGAAAGAAGAUAUCGAACUAGUAUUAAUGAUAGGAUUGUUGAAUUGAAGAAUAUGUUGGUUGGGGAAGAUGCAAAGUUGAACAAAUCUGCAAUAUUAAGAAAGACAAUAGAAUACAUUAAGUAUCUACAAAAUCAGAAUACCAGGUUGAAAUCAGAGAAUACAGCGUUAAAAUUGGCUUGUCAGAAGUCUGGUGUUAAGGAACCAGUUUUGGAAGGAGCGUAUACUCCACCGCAUAGUGAUAUUUCCUCACCUUACCAAUCGCCGCAUUCAGUUGACAGUGAUUCACCAUCUUCACCAGAAUUCAAGGUUGAGGACAAAUAUUCUAAAGUGGUUAUCGGAAUGGGUGACCACUCUCGGCUAGCACUUUGUGCAUUUAUGGUUGGUUUGAUUGCUUUUAAUCCAUUCAGCGCCUUCUUCGGAGCUUUUAUGUUUGAAUCAACAUCAACUGUCUAUUCAACUAGAAUCGAUCAGAGAAGAAUAUUGUCAGAUGAAAAUUUUGGAUCUGUUGGAACAUCCUGGGGUCCAUGGUUUUUUAAUAACUUCUUCAUAUAUUUACUGAACUUUGCGGUACUUGCACUGUGCCUCAUAAAGUUGUUGGUAUAUGGAGAUUCUGUACCGAAAUCGCAGUCGAAAGAAGCCGGUCUCUUUUACAAACAUAAACAUCAAGCGGAUAAUUAUUUAAAGAAGGGUGACUUAAGUAAGUGUCGCGCGGAGCUGCACGCGGCGCUGAGCGUGUGCGGGCGCAGCGUGCAGGCGGGCGCGCGCGCCUCCGCGCUGGCCGCCGCCGCGCUGCGCCAGCUGCUGCAGCGUCUGCCGCUCGCCGCCUGCCUCGCCGCGCGCGCCGGCGACCUCUGGACUGACAGCCCCGCGAGGCGCGCGACCCGGCACUGGGCGGCGGAGGUGGCCAGCGUGUCCAACCGGCUGGCGCAGCUGGAGAUCCUGUCCAGUCACCGCGGCCGCAGCGAGCGCGUGCUGCUGGCGCUGCAGGCCAUCAACCUGGCCGAGGUCGCCGGCAACAGGCACCUCAUGUCCGACACCUACGUCACCGCAGCACUCGUCUUUAAGGACUACGUGCCUAAGAUCGGCAAUUGGUUGUGCGGCUACUACCUGCGGCAGUGCGGGUGGUGCACUGCGGACGCGCAGUCGCAGACGCCGGUGCGGCUGCGCUGGGCGGGCAGCGCGCGCGGCCAGCAGUUCCUGCGCACGCGCCGCUGGAGCUACGAGCGCGCGCCGCACGCGCCGCACGCGCUGCUCUCCCGCCUGCACAGCCCUGCCGACCCCCUCGCAUACGCCAUGCGGGCGUACCACGUGGAGGUGCUGCAGCAGAGCCUGCAGAUGCUGCUGAGUGCGGACGAGCGCAGCAGCACGCGCGAUGUGCUUGACCUGCUCAAGCUCAUCCUGGACGACGUGUCCACCGACGCGCCACAACACACCGGGUGCUGGGACCCGGUGAUGGAGUGGUGGGCGAGCGUGGUGGGCGUGGCGGCGGCGUGGCUGCUGGGCGGGGCGGCGCGCGCGGCGCAGCUCGCGCACCGCCUGCACGCGCUGCCCGAACACCUCGCGCUCUGCGAGGACCCUCUGCCCAGGGCGCUGCACGCCGCGUACAAAAGCCGGCGCGGCCUGCUCAGCCUCGCGCACUGCCCACAUGACCGCCAGCGGGAGACCACCGCGCACACCAUCCUCAAGAUGUGUGAUAUUGCUGGAGCCCGACUAGCGGACUCGUUGGCGUAUUAUUGCUGUAGAAAACCAACGCAACUUAUGAUGCUGCUGCAGGUGCUGUGCUGCGACUGGGUGCUGGAGGUGCGCGCGGGCGUGUGGGAGGCGCGCGAGGGCGCGGCGGGCGCGCCGGCGCCGCACGCGCAGCUGCAGGCCUUCCAGCGCGACCUGCACUCGCUGAGGCGGCUGUCGCAGACCUUGCCGUGGGUGACGUCGCGCGUGCUGCUGCAGUCGGCGGUGUGCCGCAUGAUGGCGGGCGCGGCGCCGCGCCGCACGCAGCUGCUGCUGGACGGCUCUCUGCGCCCGCGCUUCAACCGCUCCUCCAUCAUAUGCGGGAAAGAGCGCGCGCUGGAAGGCGGCAGCGGGGAGGGCGAGCGCGCAGUAGCUCUGUACAUGGCGUGCAAGCACCUGCCUGCUGGCGUGCUGGCGGCGCCAGGCGAGCGCGCUGGCAUGCUGGCGCAGGCCGCCGCCGGGCUGGCGCGAGUCGGCCACCGCAGCCGGCUGCCGCACUGCUACCACCUCAUGAAGUCACUCGGCACGCUGCCCGCUGCACAUUAACACGCACAUUUUAACUUAAGUCAGUAAUUGGACUCGGAAUCAUAAUCUGCACGUGUCAAUACGAGAUAUGGUUCUCAUGUUAGAUGACAUUUUUUCCCCCUAUAAAACACACACGUAAUUGACUUGUGAAAUGUGUCUCCGAUUCUGUCGGCAUUUAACACAUUUAUUAUAUAAUUUAUUGAAUGUAACCGGUUUAAAAAUGUACAUUCUGUGAUUAAUAGGCAUAAGUGUAAUUAAUAUGGUAGAAGCCUUUUGAGGUUAUAUUGUAGGGAGUAACUUAAUUGGUAAUUACGAUCAGCAAAAAUGAAUAAAAUGCUGAGUGCAAUAAUCAUAUUUUUAAUUAGUCUAAAGACUCAUAUGUUUAUAGUACUUUAACAUACGUUCCUCUUACUAACACGUCUCGAGUCCUAAUGACAUUUCUUUUCUCCUCGACAACUGACACGCGUCGUCGAGGUUUUCGCCUGCCAGAUACAUCGCCACAAGUCCAAACGUCCUUUUGCAUAUGUACUUGAUAUGAAAAAAAAAAACUUGGAUAUAGUGUCUUUAAAAAAUGACCUCACUUUAUCCCCCUCCAUGUUUUGCUGAACAGUAAUGGUAAAGUAAUUAUUAAGUAUAUUUUAACUUUUAAUAUAAAAGUAGCAUAUUCGUUAUGUAUAUGGAUUUUGCAUGAUAAAAUAUAAAAACCUUGGGUCGGUGGACGCUUCAAUUGUAUUUGUUUAAAUCUAUCUAUGAUAUAAUGUUCUUUGUAGUAGUUGUAUAUUUUCUCUGAAUAUGGUGAAGUCUUUAUAUUCCUGGUCACUAUAAUGUCAAAGUUUUAUAAUAACUCUAAGUAAGUGCCUUAUAUCUGCGAUUUCAAAUACCUAUGAUAGAAAUAUUUUAGCACAUAAACAAUUUGUAUCUUAUAUAAAGUACUAAUAGAAAUUUACUCAUUUUAAAAAUGUCAUUUACAAAUCAUUUUGAAGAUUUACUCAGAGAAAAUAGAUUUUUUUAAUAGAUCUUUAGAUUAUAUCAGCAGAAACAAUUUGUUUUUAGUAAAUGACCUGGUCAUCACAUGUUAAUAUUAUAGCUUAAGUUAUUUACGUCAAACAUAUGUUUUUAUUAUUAAAAUUGUAUUUAUAAUUAUCCAUGUAAUUCCGAACAUAUGUAAUUAUCAUAACCUAAUGCAAUUUAAAUAUUAUCAUUGUCGAAUCAAAUCGUGACAUGUUAUUUAUAA